UGUGAAAUCUUACUUACCUUGCACAUUAACCGCCCAGAAUAUCCCGUACUCGUACACGCACGCAAUAGCUUGUUGGCGGAGUGGUUGCGGCUCUCUUAGAGGUGGCAUGAUCUAACACAGGGGAUGACCAGCUUUUUCCACGCUCGUUUUUGUACACCGACACAUGAAUAUUGCUUGUAAUUUGCCUUAGCCGAGAGCAUCGACCCAUUUCUGACGAACAAUGUCGAUAUUAGCCGACCAAGUCCGCCGUUUAGAUGCCCACUUAGAUGGCAUCAUUUAUGCAACUAUAACAAGCCCCCAAGCCCAUCCCACAAGUGAGGUUGCUGUACAGCUGAAUAAUGUGCUGCAGACCCCUCGGGUCAAGGAUUUGUUAAAGAUCAUAAAGGCAUUAUCAGCCACGCCAGGGUCACAAGCUGCUCUUCCGCCUUCACAACUGCAGUAUCUCCUUGCACAGUCAAAUCUGUUAGCUGACCGGUCGCCUGAGGAGUUACAACUAAAUCAGUAUGAAUCUGAGCUCGAAUGGCUCCUGGUCAGCAAGGCUGCCGUUCAGACGUAUGGCCUCGUUCUGGACAUGCUUUUAGACCAAAUUGUGCCUCUAAGUGAUCAUAUAUGGUACUGGGAUUAUGUCUUGUCAUCGCCAUUAUCUACUACUCUUCAUAUGGUUCAGAUCUCUCCUGCCAAGUUUUGGAUAUGGGCUUCAGAGGUAUAUGAAGACAGCAAGGCUCGGCUGCAACGAUAUGCUACAGGGAAUGCCAUGAAUACUGAGUCAGAAGCGACACCAUCCAACGCCGCCACAUCUAAUAAGGAACCACAGUGGCGACGAUUUUAUGCUAUUGUUCAAACAACUAUUCUUGAAAAAUCUCUUGCUGAUGUUCAACGACGAUUGAUGUCACCUGUAGCACUGUGUCGCGCAGAAGCCAGGAGGAAGCAAGCAAAACUAAAGAAGCUACGAGAAAUGACAGCUAGUGGACUUGGUGUUCUCAUUGAUGAAGGAUUCGCGUUCACUGGUAUUGGGGCUGACGAUGGAAGGAGUGACAGCGAGCUUUCUCCGCCCAACAGUCAAGAGUGGAAAGGAGUGGUUGAAAGAAGCGUGGCUCUCAUGGACAUGAUGCUUCGUGACGUUCUAGAUCUGGAGCUCAACACGAGUCAGAUGGAAGAUAAGGUGUUUGCCGCUGUGGCUGAAGAUGCAUUGUGUAUUCAAGCCGAGGAAGAUGACUUGAGUCGCCCGGCUGUCGUUGCUAAGCGACUACACGCAUUGCUGGAUGAUCAAUUACCCUGGAACCUGACGACAGCAAGAAGAGUAGUCGAGAAGAACGGACGACCAUCCCGACUGGUCAGAUAUUGGCUGCCCGCGACAGCGCUCUUACUUUCUUCAACCACAAUUCUCCGCAUAUUUGUCAACAAAAGGCAAGAGAUUCUAGAUUGGGUCCGAGACCUAGGUGCCACUGUCCGCGACUUCUGGUUCAAUUGGGUCAUAGAACCUGUGAGAAAGGUGAUAGGAACAAUCCGUCACGAUGCCAACAGUGAGAUUGCCAUCAUGAGCCGGGAUAGCCUCAAAGCCGAUAGGGAAAGCUUGGAGCGUAUGGUAGUGGACUUUACUCUUGACAAGUCCAAUAACGCAUCUGAUGCUUCAGCCAUGUCAGAGGCACAAAUCGCUGACAUUCGGGCGAAGGUACGCGAGGGAGAUGUGACGCCCAUUCUCCGCGCUUACGAAAAAGACCUGAGGAGCCCCUUCAUGGGUACUGUGCGUGGGGACCUCGUCCGCACUCUGCUCAUCCAGGUUCAGAAGACAAAGGUCGACGUCGAGGUUGCGAUGAGCGGCAUUGACUCUCUGCUAAGGAGCCAGGAACUCGUUUUCGGCUUUGUUGGACUCACGCCCGGUAUACUCGUAUCCGUCGGAGCAGCACGAUACCUCUUCAGCGCCUUUGGUGGACGGAGAGGGUACUCCGAGAAGCGGAAAGCAGGGAGAUGUGUACGUGUUCUACGAAACAUCGAUCGCGUCUUUUCCGAAGCGGCGCCCACACAAACCAACGUCCUCCCUUAUAAGGAUCACGGUUACCUCAUCUGCGAAGUCCAUGUCUUACGCCGACUCGCGCACAAACUCCUCCCAGCCGAGAUCGAGAAGGACUUUUUGGAGGAUCUGGAUGACCUCGCCAACCUACGAGGCGUUCAAUACCAGCAGCGAGCCCUAGACCGGAUCCGGUGGGCUUAUUCAAAGUGGCUCCAAUAGUAACCGUUGAUACUCCCAUAGUUCUACAACGCUGCAUACCUAUCUAUAGCAUAGCAUAGCGAUGGUAAAAAUAAACCUUAGGAUAUUGAGUGCAAAUCAUUCUAUAGGGGUAGUUGCUUAUAGGAAGAAAAAAAAAAGCGAUAGUUUCUCUCAGCCAAUUUACAGU